AUAUGACUUAUCAAGGGUUUGGUUACGUGGUGGAUUCCUGUCCUACCAAUAAGACAGAGUUUAUCUCAGCUGCUACCAGACUGAACUGUAGUGAGGACGAGUUUGGACGUAAUCAGUAUACCUGUGUCCCUAAUGAAGACACAUCAGCUCUUGUGGAAUUCUGUUACAGAAAAAUUGUCGGGUUAUAUCAGAAGGGCCAUUGCUUGGUGACGACUGGGAAUGGAGACUUAGAUCAAAUCAGUUGUCAUAACUUUAAAACUGGUUGUCCAGAAGAAAAUUUCCGAGGAAGCAGCUUAUACAAAUUUCCAGCUUGCAGUAGACUCAACACAGAAAAUCAUUGUUUUUAUUCAGAUCCAGCAUGUUUGGACAGAGAGGGUGUUUAUAGGCUUAAGCCUGUUGCCAAAUCUAUACAGUUUACUGAAUAA